UCCGAAGAAGAACGGAGAUAGCAAAUUUGCUCGCUCCGUAUAACAAUUCCUACGGUAUAAAUAGCCAAACAUUUCAGAUCUAAUUUCAUUGUACUCUGCACCCGGAGUUCACACAUUGCUCCGCUCUCUCCUUCAACCACCUCAUCCCGCUAAGUUAAGAAAUGGAGAAAUCUUGUACUCUGCUCAUUCACUUUGACAAAGGAACACCUGCGAUUGCAAACGAGAUUAGGGAAUCUCUUGAAGGCAAUGACGUGCCUGCAAAAAUUGAUGCAAUGAAGAAAGCCAUCAUGCUUUUGUUGAAUGGUGAAACACUACCUCAGCUUUUCAUUACAAUUGUUAGAUACGUUUUGCCAUCUGAGGACCACACAAUCCAAAAACUUCUGCUGCUAUAUUUGGAGAUUAUUGACAAAACCGAUGUGAAGGGUAGGGUCUUGCCUGAAAUGAUUUUGAUAUGUCAAAAUUUGAGAAACAACCUCCAGCACCCAAAUGAGUAUAUUCGUGGUGUAACUUUGAGGUUUCUUUGCCGCUUGAACGAGACGGAACUAAUUGAGCCAUUAAUCCCUUCUGUUUUGCAAAAUUUGGAGCAUCGGCACCCGUAUAUAAGGAGGAAUGCUAUAUUAGCUGUGAUGUCCAUAUAUAAGCUUCCACAGGGUGAGCAGCUUUUGGUUGAUGCACCCGAUAUGAUCGAGAAGGUUCUUUCCACGGAACAGGAUCAAUCAGCUAAGCGGAAUGCAUUUCUCAUGCUCUUUACUUGUGCCCAGGAUCGUGCGAUUAAUUACCUUUUGACUCAUGUUAACAAGGUUUCUGAAUGGGGUGAAUUGCUUCAGAUGGUUGCAUUGGAGUUGAUCCGAAAGGUGUGCAGAACAAAUCGAGGUGAGAAGGGAAAGUACAUAAUGAUCAUUACAUCUUUAUUGGACGUGCCUUCAACUGCAGUUAUUUCGGAGUGUGCCGGAACACUUGUUUCUCUGUCAUCUGCUCCUACUGCUAUUAGGGCUGCUGCAAACACUUACUGUAAGCUUCUUCUUUCUCAAAGUGACAACAAUGUGAAACUUAUUGUGCUUGAUCGGCUGAAUGAGCUCAAGUCUUCUCAUAGGGAGAUUAUGGUUGAUAUGAUCAUGGAUGUGCUUAGGGCACUUUCUAGCCCGAAUCUUGACAUCAGGAGGAAGACACUUGACAUUGUUCUUGAACUUAUUACUCCCCGAAACAUCAAUGAGGUUGUUCUUACUUUGAAGAAGGAAGUUGUUAAAACUCAGAGUGGAGAGCUUGAGAAGAAUGGUGAAUACAGGCAGAUGCUUAUUCAAGCCAUUCAUUCUUGUGCAAUUAAGUUCCCAGAAGUUGCGAGCACAGUGGUGCACCUGUUGAUGGAUUUCUUGGGUGACAGUAAUGUUGGGUCAGCUGUUGAUGUUGUUGUUUUUGUUCGAGAGAUAAUUGAAACAAACCCUAAACUUAGGGUUUCAAUAGUAACAAGGCUAUUGGACACUUUCUACCAGAUCCGAUCUGCACGUGUAUGUUCUUGUGCUCUUUGGAUCAUUGGAGAGUAUUGCUUGUCACUUUCUGAAGUUGAGAGUGGCAUUGCAACCAUUAAACAGUGUCUUGGAGAGUUACCUUUUUACUCAGUUUCAGAAGAAGGAGAAGCUACUGAUCCUUCAAAGAAGGUUCAGCAAGUAAACUCCAUGACUGUUUCUUCCAAAAGACCGGCUAUUCUUGCUGAUGGAACCUAUGCUACACAGAGUGCUGCCUCUGAAACUGCUUUUUCCCUUCCUACCCUUGUUCACGGAUCCUUAACAUCUGGGAACCUGAGAUCCCUUCUUCUCACCGGUGACUUCUUCCUUGGGGCAGUUGUAGCCUGCACACUGACAAAGCUUGUUCUGAGAUUGGAAGAGGUUCAGCCAUCUAAAGUUGAAGUGAAUAGGGCAUUUACACAGGCAUUGUUGAUCAUGGUCUCAAUGCUGCAAUUAGGACAAUCUCCAGUUCUUCCGCACCCAAUUGAUAAUGAUUCUUAUGAUAGGAUUGUCGUCUGCAUAAGAUUGCUCUGCAAUACCGGUGAUGAGAUCAGAAAAAUAUGGUUGCAAUCUUGCCGUCAGAGUUUUGUUGAAAUGCUCUCAGAAAAACAAUUACGGGAAACAGAGGAGAUGAAGGCAAAGGCUCAGAUUUCUCAUGCACAACCAGAUGACCUGAUUGACUUCUACCAUUUGAAGAGCAGAAAGGGUAUGAGCCAACUGGAGCUAGAAGAUGAGGUCCAAGAUGAUUUAAAGCGUGCAACUGGAGAGUUUGUCAAGGAUGGGGAUGAUGCAAAUAAGCUUAACCGCAUUCUCCAACUCACUGGAUUUAGUGAUCCAGUGUAUGCUGAAGCUUAUGUGACCGUUCAUCAUUAUGAUAUUGUCCUUGAUGUUACAGUUAUCAAUCGAACUAAGGAGACCUUACAGAAUUUGUGUCUGGAGUUGGCAACAAUGGGUGAUCUUAAACUUGUUGAACGUCCACAGAAUUAUACCCUAGCUCCCGAAUCAAGCAAACAAAUAAAGGCCAAUAUCAAGGUUUCCUCAACUGAGACUGGAGUCAUAUUCGGGAACAUUGUUUAUGAGACUUCAAAUGUACAUGAGCGAACAGUCGUUGUGCUAAAUGACAUUCAUAUAGAUAUCAUGGACUACAUCUCACCUGCAGUUUGUAGUGAUGCAGCUUUUAGAACCAUGUGGGCAGAGUUUGAGUGGGAAAACAAGGUUGCUGUUAACACUGUAAUUCAAGAAGAGAAGGAAUUCCUUUUCCAUAUUAUCAAAUCAACCAACAUGAAGUGCCUAACUGCAACGUCGGCACUAGAUGGUGAGUGUGGAUUCCUGGCAGCCAACUUGUAUGCGAAGAGCGUGUUUGGGGAGGAUGCUUUGGUGAAUGUGAGCAUAGAGAAACAGGAAGAUGGUAAGCUGAGUGGCUACAUCAGGAUAAGAAGCAAGACCCAAGGGAUUGCUCUCAGUUUGGGGGAUAAGAUCACUCUCAAGCAGAAGGGCGGACGUUAAGUGCAGUCGACAUUAGUGUCACUGUUUCACGUCAUUGCUGGUUCUUGCUCCCAAAGUAGAAGGAUUAUGUGUGCCUUUUUGUUUUCUUUGCAUCAGCGGAUUCGUUCUGGAGCUAUACUCUUAUGAGGUUGCGGCAACAAUGCAGUAUUUCUUUGACUUGCAUCUGGACAAGAUUUUUGCUCCAAAUUUUCCAUAAAAAUUCAAUUGUAGCUAGUUUCUAGAUGUAAGUUUGAUUAUCAAAUUUAUACAAACUGUUAAGUUAGUUUAUAUAUAUACACUUGGCUAUUUUUGUGUUGCUA